AUGGCAUUUGAUGAACUUGAUCGAAUAUCUCAGUACAUGCAAUGGUAUUGGAGACAUACAAGACGAUGGAUUCAACGUAUCAGUAGUGAUACAGGUCGUGCGUCUGACAUAGCAGAGGAGCUAUACAGGCUUUCAAUUAAUUCUCGUUCAACAUGCCCUAGUUGUGUUGAUUAUCGAGAUAGGGUUGCUCACGACCAGCGUAACAUUUUACUUGCACUUAGAGAACAACGUUUUAAUGUAAACCCUCAGCCUGCUCCACCAACAAUUGAGUUGCCUCGGCCACAAAUUCCUCGUGAUAGACCAAGCAAGCGACGAGGUGGUUACUUGUCUACCCAACCUAUAAUUGAAAACGAAAAUGCAAGGGAACAGGAACCUCCAAUUUUUACUCAGGCUUCUGACAUAUCACUGUCACCAUCAUCCCCCUUCAUCUCUAUCGAUCCUACACAACUUGAGUCUCAUUACAUGGCACCCUCAUCAUCAUCCCCUUCCAACUCAGCCAAUCCUUCUCAAUUUCAACCAUUCAUGACUUUAUUAGAUAAUCCUGCAUUAUUUUCAGCUGAAUACAAUGCUUCUACUUUUGAACAUGGUGGACCAUCAAAUGAAGCAUUUGUCACUCCUCGACAAUCUAUACAUUUAAAUGAAUCACCCUGGUUUGAUUUGAACACGCCAACUACACAAACAAAUGAGACAUUUGAAGCUCAAGAAAUUGACAUACAACAACAACGCCCACAACGUAUGAGAAGAAGGCCAAGAUGUGGUACUGGAAGUCACUAUCAGAAUGAAAGUGAGGAUAUCAAGAAUAUUGUUGAGCACGUUUGUGAAAUAUUGGACAAGAAAGACUUGUUCGUUGCUAACCAUCCUGUAGGAGUAAACUCUCGCGUGCAAGAUUCGAUCAAAAUGUCAAAAAGUCAUCCACCAAAUGAUGUUCUCCUCCUUGGGAUCUGGGGGAUGGGUGGUAUAGGCAAAACAGUAAUUGCCAAGGCCAUUUACAAUGAAAUUGGUGGAAAUUUUGAGAGCAGAAGUUUUCUUUCAAAUAUUAGGGAGGUCUGGGAGCAAGAUCAUGGUCCAGUUUACUUACAACAGCAACUUCUUUCACAAAUCUGUAAAACAACAAAGAUGAUAAUACCUUGCAUUGAAUCAGGAAAAAACAUGCUAAAAGAAAGACUUCGCCAAAAGCAAGCACUUGUAGUGCUUGAUGAUGUGGAUAAGGUGGAACAACUAAAUGCUUUAUCUGGAAGUGUUAAAUGGUUUGGUCCAGGAAGUAGAAUAAUUAUCAUAACUAGAGAUGAACAUUUACUAAGAUGUCUUAAUGUGGAUGUGGACCAUGUAUAUAGAGUAAAGAACAUGGACGAAAAUGAAUCUAUUGAGCUUUUUAGUUGGCAUGCGUUUAGGCAGCCGAGUCCUGGAGAAGGAUUUGUUGAACUUUCUAGAAAUAUAGUUGCUUAUUCUGGAGGACUACCACUGGCUCUUGAAAUUCUUGGCUGCUAUUUGUUUGAUAGGGAAUUGACAGAGUGGAAGAGUGUACUGGACAAACUAAAAAAAAUCCCAAAUGGUCAUAUACAAAAGAAGCUAAAAAUAAGCUUUGAUGGUUUAAAUGAUGAUACAGAGAGGGAAAUAUUCCUUGAUAUAUCUUGCUUCUUUAUUGGAAUGGAUAGGAAUGAUGUCACACAGAUAUUGAAUGCCAGUGGAUUUUUUGCGGACAUUGGAAUUAGUGUCCUUGUGGAGAGAAGCCUCGUGACCAUUGAUGAGAAGAACAAGCUUGGUAUGCAUGAUUUGUUACGAGAUAUGGGAAGAGAAAUAAUCCGUGAAAAGUCACCAAAAGAAUUUGGAAAGCAUAGCAGGUUGUGGUUUCAUAAGGAUGUGAUCGAUGUGUUAUCAAAACAUAUAGGUACAGAAUCUGUGGAGGGGCUAGCUUUGAAUCUGUCACAAGAUGGUAAAGUUUAUUUUUUAACCAAAGCAUUUAAGAAGAUGAAGGCACUCAGACUGCUGCGUCUUGCUAAUGUGGAACUUGAUGGAGACUAUAAAUACAUUAGUAGAGAUCUCAAAUGGCUCUGUUGGCACAAAUUUCCUUUGAAAUACAUCCCUGCCAACUUCCUUCAAAAUAAUUUAGUCGCUAUUGAAUUAAAAUAUAGCAGUCUGAGACUCUGGAGGGAACCCCAGUUGUUGGAGAAUCUAAAAAUCCUCAAUCUUAGCCACUCUCCUUACCUGGUGUCUACUCCUGAUUUUUCAAAACUACCAAAUCUUGAAAAGUUGAUCCUCAAAGAUUGUCCAAGUUUGGCCACGAUACAUAAUACAAUAGGCCAUCUUGAUAAAAUUCAUCUAAUAAAUUUGAAGGAUUGUACUGGCCUUCGUAGUGUGCCAAGAAGCAUUUAUAAAUUGAAGUGCUUAAAAACUCUCAUUCUUUCUGGUUGUUUGAUGAUCGAAAAGUUAGAGGAGGACAUAGAGCAGAUGGAUUCUUUGUCAACUGUAAUCGCAGAUGACAUAGCAAUAACUAAAGUGCCCAUUUCUUUGGCGAGCCGGCAUGAUGCGUUCGUGAGCUUCAGAGGUGAUGAUACCCGGGCAUCUUUCACUUCUCAUCUCUUCUCCGCUUUAACCAAUGCUGGAAUUGUUGCCUUCAAAGAUGAUACCGACGUUCUUAGGGGGAAGCGUAUCUCAACUGAAUUGCUAUUUGGAAUUGAACGUUCUACAAUUUUUAUCAUUAUCUUCUCCAAAGAUUAUGCUGGGUCUAGAUGGUGCCUCAUCGAGCUCUCCGAAAUCAUGGAGCUUCACAGAGCACAAGGUCGAGUAGUGUUGCCUGUGUUCUAUGGCGUGGAUCCAUCUGAAGUUCAAAAUCAAGUCUCUAGUUUUGGAAAAGCAUUUCGAGAUCUUAUACAUAAAAUUUCACCCAUAGAGGAUGAAGUGUCGAGGUGGAGGACAGAUCUCCGUGAAGCUGGGGGCAUUACAGGAUUUGUCGUGCUCAAUUCCAAGUAA